CAAACAGUCUAAACUUCCGAUUUGAUAUUUGCUAGUCCGUCGCUAAAUUCAGCAGAAGUAGCAGUAGCAGAUCAACGCCGGUAACUCCGUUCUUUUUACGAUCGGAGGAGAGAGGAUAUUAAUUUGGAGAAUGUCGUUGCUGUGGGAGAAGAGCCAGACGUGGAGGUGGCUGGUGACCAAGACGAGGGAUUCGAAGCCCUUCUUCUUCGCCUUCGCCACCGUCUGCGGCGUCGUUCCGGGGAUUAUCGGCUACUGCGUUAUGCAGGUUACCAAUUCCAGCAACCCUGAACUCGAAGCCAAGCUCCGGCAGUCUGCCCGACCCGAUUCACUGAAAAUGGGCAAAGUUAAUCAAGAGCGGCUGGCAGAGUACCUCGGAGAAUUGAAGAGGAAAGAGAAUACGAAUGACAGAUAUGUCGCUGCUUUAAGGGGAGAGACACUGACUAGAAACCCAUAUGUGAGAAUUCAACCAGUCCCGAAGACGAGUGAAACUGAAGCUAAAAAGGAAGACAAGUAGAUUCUAAAGAAAAAUUGUGGUUCUCCUUACAUGUUAGACAGGGGAAUGAGUCAUUUAUAGACAUUUUAGACUUGAAUGUAUUUACUGUGGGAAAUUUGAUUCGUGCUCGUGUGCUGACAUUUGUCAAGAAAUGAUCGAUGAUUUUUUUUGAAAUCAAAGUGUUUUGGUUUAAUCAUCUUA